AUGACUUGCCAGCAAAAAAUAGAAUGUAUCAACGAGUCUGAUGUAUUUCGACCAGAUCUAGAAGAAAUCUGUGUUGCUUCAAAAUCAUUGUUCUUACAGGCGUUAGGUAAAAUCCGCAAGUACAGUAUCCCUGAUACUUCGCAUGAAUGCAGCAAUCAUCGUUCCAGGCUGCCAAGUAAACGUUUACCUAUAUUUAGCGAGAAACAUUCUGAAUACAAAAACUUCAUAAGCCUUUUUGAAAGCUUAGUGCACAAUGAUCAGUCGCUAACUGAUAUUGAAAAAUUCAAUCAUCUCAUUUCAUGUUUAUCUGACGAAGCUCUUGGUACAGUUAAGGCAUUUCAACUCACUGAAACAAAUUACUUAAAGGCAUUAGCUAGUUUAAAAUGA